AUGGCUGACCAGUCGGAGAGUGCCGGUUCGACGGUGGAGCACGAGAAGUCACUGAUGGAGAAGAUCAGCGAGAAGAUCCACGAUCACGAGUCGUCGUCUUCGUCGUCAUCUGACUCGGAUAACGAGAAACCGGAGUCGCCCAAGUCUGAGAAGCCCAAGGUUUUCAGGAUUUUCGGGAGGGAGAAACCAGUUCACCAUGUUUUCGGUGGAGGAAAGCCUGCUGAUGUGUUCUUGUGGAGAAAUAAGAAGGUUUCAGCUGGUGUUCUUGGUGGAGCCACUGCAGUCUGGGUCCUUUUUGAGUUGCUUGAGUACCACCUGCUUACUCUUGUUGGCCACAUUUUGAUUGGUACCCUAGCGGUCUUGUUCCUCUGGUCCAAUGCCCAUUCUUUUAUCCACAAGACUCCACCUCGCAUCCCAGAAGUUCAUCUUCCUGAGGAACCAUUCCUGCAGGUUGCUUCUGAGCUGAGGCUUCAAAUCAACUGGGCUUUUGCGGUCCUUCAUGAUAUUGCAUCUGGCAGAGAAUUGAAGAAAUUCCUGAUCGUUAUUGCUGGCUUGUGGGUUCUUUCAAUUGUAGGGACUUGGUGCAAUUUCUUGACCUUGUUUUACAUAUCUUUUGUUUUGCUGCACACGGUGCCUGUCAUUUAUGAGAAGUAUGAAGACAAGAUAGACCCAUUUGCAGAGAAGGCAACUAUUGAAUUCAAAAAGCACUAUGCAGUGUUUGAUGCCAAGGUUCUCAGUAAGAUUCCGCAGGGGCUGAAAAACAAGAGGUCUUAG